UUCCCCAACUCUCACCUGGACUCUCUCUCUCGGCUCCUCCAUUAUUGUAGAUAUGUGUGAACUCUUCCCAGUCUAAUGUCAGACGUGAGAAUUGAGGGCUGCUAGACUCCAGAAUUUUAGAUCACAUUUAUAGCUGACCUGCUGUGUGAUACCUGCUCGUCUCAGAAUUCAGUUUACAGUUGUUUGAUAUAGAAGCUCUCCGCCAGAAUUCUUUAGCAGUCUGCGGAAAGAGCUGAGGCUGCAGCACACACCCCAGGAGCCUAGACUCCGUCUUAGCAGACUGCUGUGUUCCGCCGGCCCCCACCAUGCACCACCAGUCCGUUCUGCACAGUGGCUACUUUCACCCACUGCUUCGGGCCUGGCAGACCACCCCCUCCACCGUCAGUGCCACCAACCUCAUCUAUCCCAUCUUUGUCACGGAUGUUCCUGAUGAUGUCCAGCCCAUUGCCAGCCUCCCGGGAGUGGCCAGGUAUGGCGUAAACCAGCUAGAGGAGAUGCUGAGACCUCUGGUGGAAGCCGGCCUUCGCUGUGUCCUGAUCUUUGGCGUCCCCAGCAGAGUUCCCAAGGAUGAACAGGGCUCUGCAGCUGACUCAGAGGACUCCCCAACUAUUGAGGCUGUCCGUCUGCUGAGGAAGACCUUCCCUACCCUCCUAGUGGCCUGUGAUGUCUGCCUGUGCCCCUACACCUCCCAUGGCCACUGUGGCCUCCUGAGUGAAAAUGGAGCCUUCCUAGCAGAGGAAAGCCGACAACGGUUGGCAGAGGUGGCACUGGCCUAUGCCAAGGCAGGUUGUCAGGUUGUAGCUCCAUCAGACAUGAUGGAUGGACGAGUUGAAGCCAUCAAGGCUGCCCUGCUAAAACAUGGACUUGGCAACAGGGUCUCUGUGAUGAGCUAUAGUGCCAAAUUUGCCUCCUGUUUCUAUGGUCCUUUCCGGGAUGCAGCUCAGUCAAGCCCAGCUUUCGGAGACCGACGCUGUUAUCAGCUGCCUCCUGGAGCCCGUGGCCUGGCCCUCCGAGCAGUGGCCCGGGACAUUCAAGAGGGAGCUGACAUACUCAUGGUGAAGCCGGGAUUACCCUACCUGGAUAUGGUGCAGGAGGUGAAGGACAAGCACCCCGAGCUCCCCCUCGCAGUAUACCAGGUGUCCGGAGAGUUUGCCAUGUUGUGGCACGGAGCCAAGGCUGGGGCCUUUGAUCUCAGGACUGCUGUACUGGAGUCCAUGACGGCCUUCCGCAGAGCCGGUGCUGACAUUAUCAUCACCUACUUUGCACCCCAGCUGUUGAAGUGGCUGAAGGAAGAGUGAAGGAAAGUGAAGGACUUGGUCUUGACAGAGCUCCCUGGGCCUUACAGAAGGGAAAAAGUAAAGGCGCUGUUAGAACUGUG